GGUAAUCAUUGCGAAGGCAUUCAUCGAGGAAACGAAAAUGUUGUCGGCAGCUGCGUUGUUGGACGAGCUUAUGGGCACAGAUCGCGAUCUUGCCCCAGACCAAAAAGGAAAAUCAACACACUGGUCCGACCACCAGGUUUGCAAAUAUCAUCUUUGUGGAUUCUGUCCAUCAGAGCUUUUUAUAAAUACAAGAUCUGACUUGGGUCCGUGUGAGAAAUUGCAUGAUGAUAAACUCAAAACUGCGUAUGAGAAAAGUAGCCGCUACGGUCAGAUGGGAUACGAAGAAGAUUUCUUGAGAUAUCUACAGACAAUAAUGACGGAUGUGGAAAGAAGAAUAAGACGUGGACAUGCUAGACUUAUUCCAAGAGAAAAGGAUGCRCCGACUGGAAAAGUUGAUAAUGAGAAAGAGGAAAUGCUKUCAAGUAAAAUAAACUCAUUGGUUGAGCAGGUCGAACAGCUCGGAUCAGAGGGUAAAAUAGAAGAAGCACAGGGUGUAAUGAAGUUGAUUGAYCAGCUGAAAGAUGAAAAGGAACAGUUAAAUGGGAGAGGCCGAGAUAACCACAUGACUUCCCAAGAGAAGCAAAUGGAGGUCUGUGAGGUUUGUGGUGCAUUUUUGAUCGUUGGUGAUGCACAGACUAGAGUAGACGACCAUUUACAAGGAAARCAGCACAUGGGAUAUGCCAAAAUCAAAUCAACCUUAGAGGAAAUGAGGAGUCGACCAUGGAGGCAAAAAAAAUCAGAAAAAGAAAGCAAUCCUGAUCWAGAACGUGAAAAAGAGCAAGAGCGGAAAGAGCGGGAUACCAACAGGGACCGAGAUCGUGAUAGAGACCGUGACCGUGACAGAGAAAAGAGAAGAGACAGAGAUCGUGAUCGUGAUCGUGACCGGGAUAGGGACAGGAAACGUGAUCGUGAUAGGGACUACAGAGAUCGUCGUAGGGACAGAGACCGUGAUCGGGAUCGUGAYAGGGACCGAGAUAGGGAUCGUGGCAGGGAUAGCAGAGACAGCAGGGAUAAGGAAGACACCAAAAGGAAUGAUAAAGAUAAGUCCAGACGAUCCCGCAGCAGAUCCCGUGAGAGAUCGACCAAAGAAAAGGAAGAUGAGAAGAGAAGAUCUCGAUCCCCCCCAAAGUCAGAGUCACCAAAGUAAGAAGAAACCCUUAGUGCUUCCAGCUGCAGGCCUUUGCAACCUGUUAGGUUAGUUGGAUUGACAUCAGUGUUAAUUGUCUCCUAGUGUACUUAUAAAUAUGUCUACUGUAACUGUAAACCUUUUCCAAUUGUACAUAAUUUACGGUAAAUUUAGUCCAAGUUUGACUUUAUCCAAUUAAUGUUACUAAAAACACUUUCAUGGGUGGUGUACAACUAUAUAUCAAAGCUUAUCAUGCUGGACAUUUUUGAGUGAUCUAUAAUUUAUUGAAACAUUCAAACUAGUCAAAUAGACUUAGACAAUAGUUCACUAGAAAUUAAACAAUUUGAACUUAUUUAGUCUGUUUCCUUUUACUGCAAACUAUCCUUAGAACAAAAGUAUGAAAGAAUUUAUACAUAUCAUAUAAAAGUCUACCUUUUCAUGGUUUUUGAMAGAAAUUAGUACAUUAUUGCAUUCUUUACUCUAGAACAGGGUGUGAUUCAUAAGACAAACCUUGAUUAAUGUUCAUUUUAAGCUUUUCCCCCCAAAGGAUUGUCAUUGUAAAUGGACAGAGUAAUUAUUUGAGAUAAGAAAUGCCAGACUGUUAGGCUAAGAUUAUUUAUUGAUUCCAAUGUUUUCUGCAUUUCAUUCAAUCRGAGGGAUACAAGAAUAUAUAUCAAGUUAGUUUGGUAGUAGUUGUAAUAAUGUGUUUUUUUUCUUCAAUAAACUCCAAUGAAAAGUG